AUGGUCAAGAUCCUGAUAUCCCACUCGCCGCUGUUCUCCACGAACGGCCACCCGAACCCCAGCCCGAUCCUCAUCAAGCACAACGUCCCCUUUUGCCAUUGGUUUGAGCGAGCGCUGCAAUUCCACGGCUCAGACACCGUCGCCUUGCAAUACUACCUCCUCGUCCACUCUGUGUCUGACGCGGAGGCAGCUCUCCUUUCCGCGGGCUGGACUCAUACGGUGCACCCCCCGUCGCACGUGGAGCUCUGGGACCCCGCCGUCGAUGGAUCUCCCGUGGUGCUCGUAUCCCCCACGCCGUCCGACCCCCCCUACGACGACCUCACCAUUCUCUUCGACGCCGGCGUGUGGACAGGCAUGUCCAAGGAGCUCUCGACUUCCCCGAAAGGCUCCGACCAUUAUCCGUCCCUGUCACGCUUCUACUGCGCGUUGGUGCACCGCAUCCUGGACACCUCGUCUGAGAGCUUCAUUCGCUACCUCCGAAUGCAGCUGCAUUAUCUCUAUGCCGCCCAACUUUCUCUGCUUUCCUCUCCCGCCUCGCUCGAGAGCAUCGACCCCGAGCUCCGCCAGUGGCACGUCGACUGGAUCAAGGGCGAGCUGAACAUGCCGCACCCUGACACCAUCGCACACGAGCGGGACAUACGCGAGCGAGCACGUCGCGGGGACUGGGUGCUUUUGCGAGAAGGGUCGGACGGUCGUGGAGGACGCAAGUUCAAUAGGGAGUUGGAGGCUCGCAUUCGCGCCAAGCGGGCCGCCGCAAGGGUCAGUUCAGAAGAAGCCCCUUGCACAUAA